UUUGGGUGAACUCUGCACUCACUGUGCAAUGCAGUGUGAAUCAGUGCUGCUGCUCUCUCCCAUCACAGCCCUGCAGUUUGUGGGGGACUGUCUCCUCUCAGGCGAGGGCGCCGAUGUGCACGUGUAUACCUUGAGUCCGGCCAGCGACAGCCACAGGGCAAUUACCCGCAAUGUCCUUCGAAACUACUGUAUUCACGGAAUCAAACCACAGCCGGGCUCCCACACCCAGGCACAUGGCUCCCUGUUGGCCGUUUUUGGAGCGAAAGGGCUCAUAGUCCUGCAGCUCUGCGUACGUGACGAAGGGCCGGAUCUCCGGGAGACGGGUCAACUGCGGGAACUGCACGACUGGAUUUGGGACCUUCAGUGGCUGAAGGGGGAUCACGUGUCCAACGUGUACUUCGGCCUGGCUCUUGGCCACAAUUCUGUGGUUCUUUACGACUACGAGGCCGGGAACGCACUGCGUGAAAUUCACUGCGAUGAGAAAUGUAUUCUGUAUUCCGCCUGCUUUGUGGGUUGUAGCUGGGCUGAGCUGGUGUUGGUGUCUGGAACUGUCUUCAACCAGCUUGUCAUAUGGCGAAUGGAAGGUCCAACAGACCCGGGCGGCAGAGUGAAGACAGCUAAACGAAUCAUUGGGCACAAUGGGGUCAUCUUUAGCAUCAGUUACUUGGAGAGCAAAGGGAUUCUUGCCUCUGCCUCAGACGAUAGAAGCAUUCGGGUCUGGAAUGUCGGUAAUUUACUGCACAACCUGGGAGCUGAGACGUCGGGAGCAGCCUCUGUUCAGUGUCUCCUGAAGCUGUACGGACACCAGUCUAGGGUUUGGUCAGUGAAGCUCCUGGAGGACUAUAUUAUCAGCGUUGGAGAAGACUCGGCUUGCAUUGUAUGGGAUUACAGCGGAGAAAUUGUUAACACUUUUAAGGGCCACAAGGGGAGGAGCGUUCGAGCACUGGCGGUCAACGAGGACCAGGGUUGGGUGGUCACUGGAGGAGCUGAUUCAGGGAUCAGAUUGUGGACCAUUAAAGAGAAAGAAUCAGAAGAUUUGGCCAUAACUCAACUCAAUUUGGGUGACGCCGAGAAGCCAAAGAUGCCCAAAGCGGUGAAGUUGGUUGACCAGACUCGGCUGUUGGUCAUGACCGACGCUGGUGGCAUCUACUGCUAUCACUUGGCCUCCAAAGAGUGGAAGCUUCUCCUGAGAGACCCAAGUUACCAGUCGUACAGCUUGCUGGAGGUCACUGCCCUCCCCAACGGCAGCGGGCUUUGUGCCGCUGGAAAUAUCAAAGGCCACAUUAAGAUAUUCCUGAUUUCCAACCCUGGAGAUGCAGUGGAGAGGAUGGUGUACAGAGGGAAGGUCCACAGCUUGGAUUGGGUCUGGAGAGAAGAGGACAGGCCGGGCAUGUGCAACCUCUUCUCAUCCGGCCCGGACGGAGCGCUGGUUUGGUGGGCGGUGUCCUGGGAGGCUGACCGCGUAACAUCCGUGGUCGCGAGCUGUCGUUACUCCCUCCCUCUGUGCAAGCAGAGGUGGCACACGAGCGCAGCAUUCCUGCCGGAGGGCGACUUCCUGGUCUGUGGAGACCGGCGCGGUUCGGUACUGCUCUACCCGUGCGCCGAGCGGCCGAGUCCGGUAGCAGCCGGAGAGCCGGGUGGAUGGGAUCCGGCGUUGCGGUGGUUCGCGAACGAGGAGGAAACGACCGGCGCCCGAGAGCCGGUGUCGGCGCUGUUCGGGCUCCACGGCAAACUGGGGGUGACGUCCGUCCUGUGCCACCGGGGUUUCGUGUACAGCACCGGCCGGGACGGCUGUUACCGGCAGCUGAGGCUGGAGCACGGGGCGCUGAGAGUCCAACGCAGCCAGAGAGCCGGCGGAGGGAUGGACUGGAUCGAGCGGCUCCUCUUGACCCCCGGGGGAGAGCUGGUGGUCCUGGGUUUCCACGCGACCCGCCUGGUGCUGACCAGUGCCGGGACCGGCGAGACCCUGCGCUCGAUUGCCUGCGGCGGCGGCCACCGGUCGUGGAGCUACGCCUGCUCUGCCCGGGGCGAGACCUUCGCCUACGUCAAGUCGGGCGACGUCUUCCUGUGCCAGGCCACGCUGCGGACCCCCACCUGCCGGCCGGUGGUCAAGGAGAGCCUGCACGGGCGGGAGGUGACGUGCGUGAGGCUGGUGGAGAGGGCGAGGGUCUCGGGAACGGGUCCCGUCAGCGUCUUGGUCGCCAGCAGCGAGGACACCACCCUGAGCGUCUUAGCCUUUCAGGAGACCUCAGGCUCCUUGUCAAAGCUCACCACCAUCGGCGACCACAUCUCGAGCGUGAGGACCGUGGCCGUGGCCAGGGCCGGGCGCGGUUUAAACCGCGCCGACGGGGAAGGGUCCGGGGCGCGGGCGGUGCUGUUCUCUGCCGGUGGUCGGGCCGAGCUGCACUGCUGCCAACUGCUGAUCGGACGUGACGCGGUUCGAGCCGGGGUGAGCUGCGAGGUGGCGCACUUGGCCUCUCACAGGCUGGGCGAGGAGUGGGAACGUCUGAAGAACCGGCACAGGAGGAAAAAGACGGAUCCCGAGACAAGAUACAUGUCCAUUGCCGUGGUGGAUGAUGGGAUAGAUCAGGGUGGUCCUCCCAUGUACUUCCUGGCUGCUGCCUGUAGUGAUGGUGGAGUGAGACUUUUCAUGAUGGAUGAAGGUCAGAAGAAGAUCCUGCUUCUGGCCGAGUCAUUCUACCACCAGAGAUGUGUCCUGAAGGUGGAGACCUUUAAACACCAGCCAACCACUGGGCAGAGCGGGAGUGUGUUCCUGUGCAGCGCAGCUACUGACGGGAGGAUUGUGUUUUGGGAUUUGACGCACACCAUUGAGCGAGCGAGAAGAGAACAAAGUAUUUGCGAUAAAGUGCACCAGCCCUGGGAGCUGGGAGCUCCCUGCUUUGCCCUAAAGAGCCACCAAUGCGGAAUCAACAGCCUCCAGGUCCGCGCUGUGGGGGGUGAACGCUACCUGGUGGCCAGCGGGGGAGACGACAACGCCCUUCACGUCAGCGUGAUCUCCGUGGGGACGCCGUCCCGGUGCCCGGAGCCUGGCCAGCGAGACCAGGCGUCCGUGCGGCUGAUCCGGCAGCUGCGUGUGGCCGACGCUCACUCCGCACACGUGACGGGGGUGAGGAUCCUGAGCUCCGAGAUCCUGGCCUCCGUCUCCGUAGACCAGAGACUCACUCACUGGCGCCUCAGCGAGGCUGGCGUGGGCUUCCUGCAGAGCAAACACUGCCACGUGCCUGACGCAACCGACCUGGACAGCUGGGAGGCAGAGGGAAGAGGGAGCCGGUACUUUGCCAUUUGUGGGCAGGGGCUGCAGAUCUUCCACAGUCACCACAUCGAAUGAAUUCUAGUGACCGGUGCCUGGCCAGAGGCGCGGGGUGGGGGGGGGGGGGGUGCAACGCUGCUUUGUCAGAGGCGACGUCCUUCGGAAGAGUCGUCAAACUGAGAUCCCCGUCUGUGCCUGUUCGAGGCAGACAUUAAAGAUCCUGUUGGAAAAGAGGAGGGAGUCUCUCUCUCUCCCCGUGGCCUCACCAACGGGACUCCGGUAAAAUCGGUCAUUCACAUCUCGGCUGUAUUUUGGGGACGUUGCUGUGUUGCAAAUUGGCAGAUUGCCUCCAAAGUCACUCCGCUUGACAGUAAAUCCAGCGAAGCACCUUGAGACGUCCACCUGACGUGAAA